CCACAGUUUUCUCCCAAACGGGAGGUGAAGUAGUGUCUAGUUUUCCUCUUCCUUUUAUCUUUCUUCAAACCAAACUCCCUCACAUACUACUCCUCUAUAUAAGUUCAUAAACUUUCUUAAACUCCACUCAACACAAUCGCAAGAACCCAAUUACUUAUCUCUCUCUUUUGUCAACUCACAACACAACUUUCCCACAUUCAAUUUGAUCAGUCUAUAUUAUUCGAGAGCAAAUAUGAGUUCAACAAGCAAAGCUUGGGCAGUGGCAACAAGCAUUGGAGUAGUGGAAGCUUUGAAGGACCAAGGUGUCUGUAGAUGGAAUUCUGCUCUGAGGUCAAUUCAGCAGCACACAAAGGCCAAUCUCAGAUCAUAUUCUCAGGCCAAGAAAAUCCCAGCUCAAUAUUCUAACAACAUCUCCGAAGAUGAGAAGUUGAAGAAAUCUGAGGAAUCUCUUAGGACCGUCAUGUAUUUGAGUUGCUGGGGUCCCAAUAAUUAGGCUCUCAUAUUCAUCUUUUUUGUAGUAUAUAUUUCCAAUUUUAUAUAGAAAUAUAAAUUAUAUGGACACAUGAUUUUGAGUUUUACCACAUCAAGUUUUCCAUAAACAUAUAAAGUAACAGAACAAUUAGGUUUGAUGAAAGAAUAUUCCCAUUGUAAUAAAUAAAUAAAUAAAAUAAUGGAAUAAUAGAUUUGAUGAGAA